AUGCUCGAGGCUACGAUCCCUCACGCCAGCACUGCCUUCGCCGGUAGGGCGGUAGGCUGGCCACCAAAUUCACAUUCGCAUUCGAAUUCGCCGCGGAGGAAUAGGAGGAGGAGGGAGUCCAAGGUCGUGUACCACAAUAGCAGUAGCAUCUCAAGAUGUGCGCCACCUUCACCCAGGAAUAUCCCAAGCUCCUCGCAAAGCAAACUUCCGGCAACGUACUCGUUUAGCCACAUGCCAUCGCGACCCGUUGAACAAAUGCGUCCUCGGUCGGAAGCAGAACAGCCGUUCAAGGUGGAGAAUGUGGAUUAUUUCAAGUCGCCAUAUAAUGAUUAUGAUGUUGGCCCUUCCGUCCAUCCUGAAAACCGAACUGCAUCCUCAUGGCAGUCUGACAUGAUAUCUUAUACGUUAGCACCCCAGCCACCCAGGUCGGAUCAGUUUCUCAGCGAUAAUACAUCGCCGCAGAAUGGGUUCUCGUUCGAUAUCUCCAAUGAUUUGGCGAGCUCCUGGAACGAAAUCAUCCCAAACCGGGGGAAUAUAGAGAUUGGAAUGAAUAAUCCACCAGCAUUGGAUAUUCCCCUUGCAAGGGAAGCAAGAUAUGGGAGCUUGGACAGCGUUCCGGGCUGCUCGCCUAAAAGCUCCGGAACUUCGAAUUCGGACGGAUAUGUUUUCCCACUGAUGCCAUCCGGCGUUGAACAAAAUUCAGGAACGAAUCAGUUAUGUGACUUCGAUCUUCCAGACGAAUACUUCUAUAUUGGACAGCCCGUGGAUCCUUCAUCUACUUUCCCGGCAUGUUCCAACUCCAUGUAUCAAGAUCCGUUCUUCUCCAACCAUGGACUCCCAGUUCUGGACCCUCUGGAUUUCGCCAAUGCCUUUACAACCGCUGAAACCCAGUGGUCUGGGUCUGCCAUGAAUAUACCACGGCAAACAUAUGAUUCGCAGGGACCAUUGAAUGCCACUUCAAAUCCUUCGUGGGGCCUUGAAGAGAUGUCCGUUCCUAAAUGCCCGACGGAAAAGACCGUGGAUAAUGGAACUCUCGAGCCAACCCGCGGACCACGGUUUGAGAUAAAUGCGCCACCAGAGGAGAUCCAAAAGACCCCGUCGACAGAUGGACAUAUCAGCCAGGGAACACACACCCCCGUUGGCGACAGCGAAAACGAAAGCUGGAUAAUUUCAUUUGACUCCAAUGCUUAUACCCCAACACAUAGUUCUCCGCUUUCGCAGAAAUCAUCUCCCUCACACGUCUCAUCCCCUGGACACAAUGAGAUAGCAUCUUACUCUCACCCCCAUGUAUUUAGUACCUUCGCCGGUAUCACGAAACCGACAAUCUCCCGCGGUCGCCAGCGAAACCUCACCGCAUUGGAGAAGCGGCAAGCGCGAGAGGUUCGUGAAGCCAAGGCGUGCUGGGCAUGUCAUAUCUCAAAGACAAAGUGCUCCCCUUGCUCCCCUGGUAGCCCCUGCACACAAUGUGCUAGACUUGUAGGAAAGAGAAGAUUUUGCAAGUUCAGUUGCUUUAACGACCCACUUGAAUCGUUAUAUAGAUUCUUAGUGCCCGAUUAUCUUAUGGCCCAUUUCACUAAACAAGAUGUUGAGGCUUUUGUGGGAAGAAACACCAAGAGCUGGGGAACUCAGAGCCUACUCGUGCGAAUGGCUUGGGGAUAUCGACGGCCUUUGGAGGCAGAAGUUGUUGCUUUAGAGCUUCAUAGUGACUACUCGGAAGCCGGAUUCCAGAAUACCACUGUUUCUAACGGCUCAGCACGGCCAGUUCUGGUGCGAAAACGGAGUCCACCUCUCGGAAUUCCGCUUGCGGCCAUGGAUGAUAUGCAAGACACGUACUCCCGUUAUGUCCAAGAUAUUGUGCAGACCGACCUUACGCAAUAUGCUCCCGUCGCGUAUUUCAAAGGGGAUUCGGGUCUCCUGACGCGACUUCUGAGCAUCGUAUGCUCAUUUUAUUAUGCCGGUGGAUUCGAAACCGAUGUUGAGGCCGACCUUCUCCGUCAAGCCCUCGAGAUCCACGUCACUUGUGUGAUUCUCGAGAAAAGUCUUAUCCUCGAUCGCGAUUCCACCCGAAUAGUCCAAGACCAUCUUCAACAAGAAUAUCCCGAGAAGCCGGUUCCACGAUGCGUACAGAGGCAGAUUAAGUUGGCAUUGUUCCUUGAACAGCAAACUCGGAUCCACAAAGUGCUCAAGGAGUGGGGGAAUAUGAUGUGGACGAUUGGCAAGACGACAAGCAAUGACAAGAAAUGGGCGAUCAGCUUCUCUGUGUUAAUGAUCAUCGUCCUCGUUAUCGACAAAAUCUCUGUAUCCGCAUUUUACUUUUGUGAGGCUGAAAUCCAACAUCAUGGGGCUGAUCCGAAAUCAGAGAGAGCCAAGUUCAUGCAGCUCAUCAGCUUGACCGAGAAUGAACUUUUCGAGAGGUGCAAAGAGAUCUUCCACUGGAAGUUCAAAACGAGAAAGGGAGGAAAAGAGGCCUGCAAUCCAAUCCGAGAUGGCAUGGAGGCGUUCCGGGGUAGAGCUGUAGGAGGCGGAGUCGCAAGCCUCACUUCCGGCCUCCAGGCUCUGGUUCGAGAUUUUGGUAAGAUAUACGACGAUCCAAGCGUUAGUGGAAGCUCACAGAUUGUAGGAAUCGAAUUAAAAUCGCAUUGCUCCUUGGACCAGAGUCGAACGUCACAGGCCGGUGUCUCGCCGUAUACCGACUCCGGACGCCUGACGUGCAUUUUCCUCGCCGACUUCUUGGACCACUGA